AUGAAUCCAGAAUUUUCUCUACAGGAAAAGCUGCGCCUGGCCUUGCGCCUGAUCUUCAUCUUUCCCCUGCAGCUGCUUGUGAACCUAGUGACUGUUCUCUCCGUCGCUUGGUUCAGAGGGCUACCCCUGCGGUUUUAUGUUCUUGCCGCUUUCGCGAAAACCUAUCUGUACAGUCUCCGCGCCCGUCAAAUCCAGUUCGUCACACCUGCAACCAGAAAGACGUAUGACGGCUGGGUACGCCGCAAGAUACAAAAAGCCAAGAACAUCAACGAUCGUGUCGUCCUUGACAGACUGAGCCACGAUGUCGAGACCCUCGAGGAUGGCAAGUCUUUUAUGCUUUGGGUAGGAGACAAACGCAGGGCUAAAAAAGUUGUCCUUUUUCUCCAUGGUGGUGGCUACGUCAUCCCUUUGCUAGAUGGGCAUCUGGAUUGGAGCUGGCGAGCCUACGUUACCGCCGGCAUUGAAGAAGGCGUCGAAACUGCCGUAGCCGUGCUCGAGUACACACUUUGCCCUGAAGUGAAGUAUCCCAGUCAGCUCACCCAAGCUGCGAGCGCCCUCUCCCAUCUCAUCAAGUCCGGAUUCCAGCCCGGCGAUAUUGCUAUCGCUGGGGACUCGGCGGGUGGGAACCUGGUGGCACAGGUCUUAGGGCAUCUGGUUCAACCCCACCCUAUGGUUGCGCAGGUUCAGCUCGCCGAGCCUUUAGGUGGCGCAUGCCUUGUGUCUCCAUGGCUAAGCGACCGCACAAAAGAUCGUUCCUUCGCUGAAAACUCCAAUGUCGAUUUGCUAUCGUCGUGGCCUAUUCAAAAAGCUGCGGGAGAUAUCCUGGAAGAGACUGGGCCGUCAGAAAACCCUACGAACCCCAGAAGCCGCGUCUUUUCACUGCACAAGCAUGACAUCUGGGAUGGUGGGCUCAGCAAGGUUGUCAAAAGUUUGUAUGUCACCGCCGGCGAGCAAGAAGUCUUCCUAGACCAGGACGUUGAGUUCGUGGAUAAGGUGCGCCGUGGUAAUCCUGGGCUGCCUAUGCAGUUGGACCUGCAGCCGAAGUAUGCUCACGACUUUCUCGUCAUGGAAGGCAAUUUCAAAGACGGUGGGGAGUGCACGGAAGCCAUGAAAACCUGGUGGAGGAGUGUCUUAGUAACGACUAGGGAAGCCUGA